UUGACUCGGAUCGGGUAGACUAAAAAAAGUUAGACUGUCUUUAGUUUUAGAAUCAAAGUAAAAGAUGAGGUCUGUGGUUUUUGUUGAAAAGAUAGAGCUGGAUUUCUCUGGCAACAUCUUUGCCAAUGCACUGGUUCUUGGUGAUGUGGACAAUGAUUCGCUUCAUGAACUGAUGGUUGGUAGUGUGGAUGGGGAGCUAUGGAUAUACAAAGGAGAUAACACUGUACCCUUUGCAACAGCAUCUAACCUUGGAAUGAUUGUGUGUACAGAAAUCGCAGAUGUGUGUAAUACAAAUAAGAAUGUGGCAGUUGUCCUAUGUGCGGAUGGGCUGUGUUACCUCUAUGCAAUUGACAAGCAGAGCUUUGCAGACAGGCAACCCCAAGAAGGGAAACAGGCAGAAAGUGCUCCCAAUACCUCUGACGGCCAAGGCGCUGAAGAAACUCCCCAAGAAACAAGAAAACCUUUGGCCCUAACUCCAUUCCACACCCAGCACCUACCUGCCAAUUCUAAAGUUGUGCUGGUGGCAGACAUCGAUAACGAUGGGCAGCUAGAGCUAGUAAUCGGAUACACUGAUAGAGUAGUCCAAGCGUACAGAUGGCAAGACAAGACAAUGCUUCCAGAAGAGGCUGAAGGUUCAGGAGAAAAGGGGUUUGUGCUUCUUCAAAGAUGGAAUGUUGAUGGUCAGGUGGGUUCUCUUUCAUUGAGUAAGGACACAGAUGGCUCCCCCAUGCUUGUAGUCUCACAACCAGGCUGUAACUACGCUGAGCUCAAAUGCAGUUGGGUCAUGCAGCAAGGGGCUGAAGAUGACAACCCAGAAGAUCAAAGUUGCAGUGCUAUAAGCAAGGAUCCCUAUGUCAGUAUGCAUCUCAUCACUUUUCUCAGGGCCAGACAUGCAGAUGUGUCCACAGAAAUCGUUGCUGGUUUAUCAAAAGGAGAGAAAGAAGGAGGGGAAGAUAUCGAGCCAGAACCAGACAGAAUAGCAAUGUGUACUCUAGAUGGAACUCUGAUGUUAAUUGAAAAGGAUAAGAGUCUGUGGUCAAGACUUGUUGACCAUCAGUUGUUUGCAUUGACCAAGCUGGACAUUAUGUGUGACGGUUGGGAUGAGGUGGUAGCCUGUGCAUGGGACGGUCAGACAUACAUCAUUGACCAUACACAGCAGUCUAUCCGAUUCCAUCUCAAAGAGAAUGUCUGUGCUUUCACCGCAGGUCUUUACAGCACCAACGGAAAGAACACGCCAUGCCUUGUCUACGCCACGUUUAACAACAAGAUCUAUAUCUACUGGAAUGUUCAGCUACCCAGGAUACGCUCGGCCAAUCUCAUCCAUGUCGCAUCCGCAAACGAGGAGCUUCAGGAAAGAUUAGACAAGUUAGGAAUAAAAUCAGAGGAUGAAAAGAGAGAGCUCUUCAAACGGCUGAUCUACGGAGGAUCCAAGAAAUCAAUGGACAAGACAGAAGGUAUCAGCUAGGGAGCUACUCGCAGUACAAAGCAACAGACUGAUUGGAC